AUGUCUAAAAAUAGUCUUCCUUUAGAUUUGAAUAAGAAACUAUGGGAAUCAAAUUUGGUGAGAUUUGAAAAAGCCAAGAAUUCAAAAAAGUAUGCAAAGAUUGUUGACAGUCUUGAUCAAAUGAACAAAAUGCCAACAAAACAGCAUAUCCUGGACAAAUUUAAGUGCUUGGCUGCAAAUGUGAAAAGUAGAAAGGAGAGAGUUGUGAUAGUGAUCAAAGAAGUAAAAAUCUUAUGGAAAAAACUGAAUCUUCCAAUUCAAAAAGGCAAAUCUAGAGUGGAAAGAAAAAUUGAGAAUGUACUAAACAAGUAUGAAAAAGACAGCAGAAAACCAGGAACGCAAGACUUUACCAACUUGUUCAACGUAACUGAUAAAAAUGGAGAAUGGUUGUGCCAGAAAGAUAAAGCCUUCUAUAAUCUUCAGAUGUCAACAAAUGGUAGAGCUGGCUACUGCACCACAAUUGAAGAUACACAAGGAGUUCAUCCUAGAAAACUAAAGUUGAUUAAGCAAAAAGUCAGUCAAGAUACUAAGGAUGAUUUAAACAGUGAAGAUGAAGAACAGCAAAGAGUCAGCCAAGAUACUAAGGAUGAUUUAAGCAGUAAAGAUGAAGAACAUUUUAACACUGAAGAAGAAAAAUAA